AUGUCUCCAAACCACACCUGGACGAAGUUAGCCGAGUUCCAAGGCGAAGAUGCGUUAGUCAAGUUUCGCUGGGAGCGAUUUUGCUGUUCUGCCAUAUUUUGGGUGAGGACGCGCUGGUGUAUGAUUUGCCCCGGGGACCACUCGAUGGCUGAGCGGCGCCUUCGCUGUCAGAGUCCAGACUGCAAAGGAACUGUUAAUUGUGCAACGCUCUGGAAAGUGCAUGAGUGCCCGACUUCGAAGCGGUGGCUUGCGUACACAAAUGGCCAGCCACACGCGCGUGAAGACAUAGCGUGUUCGUUACCUCCUCGCGCCAAGGUGACACGUGAAAUGCGCGACUACAUCCAGCGAAUGGACGAAAACGCGGUACCACCACGCUUAAUCUGGAGCAACAUGCUUCGUGCACCUGAAAUACCGACUCCAGUGCUUGGGUUUCCGACGUGCCCUCAAGUUCCGCGUAGUGUCAAGUACAAUCGAUGGCUGCAGGGGUCUAGAACGCGAAGGCCUUCGUUGCUGGAGUGGAUCCCGACACCGCGUUUGUGUUUGGAAAUCGUGAAGAUGAGCACGGCUUCCCUUUUGUUGGGAACGGGGAAGAUGAUGAACCGUUGA